CCUCUUGCUCUCGCUGCUCUGAUGCCGAUGCUGAUGCUGCCGCCGAUGGCGAUGGCGAUGGAGGAAAGCACCCCAGGACUAGACCCCGAGGUUGGUAUGGAUGGAGUCCUGCGACCCUCGAGAAUCAGCAGAAAGAAGAAAGAAAGAAAGAAAGAAAGAAAGAGCGAGCAGGAGCUGGAGCUAGAGCUAGAGCGAGGUCCAUGGACCAUGAUUGCCCGAGAAAGAUGGUGCAGCAUUAAAAAAUGUGCCUGAGUGCAUGGCGUCCGGCUUCUGUCUGCUUUGCGAGCUCAGGGAGGGCCCCAGCACGACGACGAUGGCGGCCCGGAGGGGAGGACCGAAAGGUCUGGCCGGGCGAGGGAGGAUCGAGAGGAGAGGAGAAGGGACGGGAGAACAGAAGGACGAGAGGGAGAGAGGGAGAGGGAGAAGGGACGGGCCUGGGGGGCGGCGACGUGGCGACGAUGGCCCGCACGCAGGCUGGCGUCGAGGACGACGUCGUCGGACGAAGAAUUUAGCACGUCCAGAAGUUGGUGCGAGCAGCAGCAGCAGCAGCUUGUGCUCUCGGGCUUCUUCUCUGUGUGCGCCAAUCGCUCGCUCCUCCGGCGAGCGAGGGCGAAAAGUCCAAGGCGGCAUCAGCAGGAGGCGAGAUGGCGGACAACAACAGUGGCCAGUUCCGAGGCUCCUCUAGCCCUGCGCUCUUGUCUUUCGUGUGCCGAGGUUCGGUGGCUCGAUUGAUCGAAUGAUUGACCAAUUGUGCGGAAUUCCGAUUCCCAUUGCCCCGGAAAUCUAUAUAUUAUGAUUUUCCGUGUUUCUUCUCCCACCGAUCUGUGCGCCUGGCGUCGAUCCCUCCGCUUUUGUCUCUCUCCUAGGCCUCCCCUUUCCGUCUCCACGUCUCGUCCUCGUCUUCGUCCUCGUCCUCGCUCGCUCUGCUCAUCGGCCUGACCAGACUCGCUUACAUCCGCGCAGGUCUGCAAGCUCGCGGAGCAGAGCAGCGAGGAGAGGGAAGCGUCUAGGACCUCUAGACGCCUUGCCUGCUCCGUCCCUAGCUCGGCAUCCGGUGAUUCCGUGAGUGCUGCGUGCAGAAUACUCUCGCGGGAUCUUGUGAGCUGAGUGUCCCUUGGGCAGCGAAGGGCCUUGCAAUGUUGAGGUUGCAGGUCUCAGCGCAGAAUUACGAUUGGGGACGAAUCGGGGAGGAGAGCGAGGUGGGCAGAUUGUAUGGCAUCUCGUCUGGGAAGGAGGUGCAACAUGAUGUUCCCUACGCGGAAUUGUGGAUGGGCACGCAUCCGUCCGGACCUUCGUUUAUCUCUGACGCUGCUGUGGGUGGCGAGCCCCAGCUUUUGAAGGACUGGCUACUUGAGCAUCACGAAGCCUUGGGUGACGAUGUUUUUAAGCACUGGCAGGGAGAAUUACCAUUUCUUUUUAAGGUUCUCUCCAUCGCAAAGGCGCUGUCGAUACAGGCGCACCCUGACAAAAAGCUUGCGGAGCAACUGCAUCUGAAUCAAGGAAAUGUUUACAAGGAUCCCAACCACAAGCCCGAGAUGGCUUUAGCCCUCACUAACUUCGAGGCACUCUGCGGGUUUGUGACUCCGGAGGAAUUGAAAGAAGUUUUGGAGACUGUCCCCGAACUGAAGGCGUUGCUCAAGAAGAAUGAGACCGAAAUGCUGUUGGAUGUGGAAACGUCUAAACAGAGUAUCGAGGCAGCAGCUUCUGCCCUACGACAGGCUUUCACCACCAUCAUGACACUCGAGAAAGAGACUGUCACAGAAAGACUGGGGGAAUUGAUUAAGCGGUUGAAGGAGGACAAGGAGGUCAGGAAACUGUCUUCGAAGGAGGAGCUGGCUCUACUUCUAGAAAGACAAUAUCCAGACGAUGUUGGUGUAUUUGCGUCGUUCUUCCUGAACUACAUCAAGCUGGUUCCAGGUGAGGCCGUGUACUUGGCUGCUAACGUCCCACAUGCCUACAUUUCGGGAGAGUGCAUCGAAUGCAUGGCUACAUCUGACAACGUUGUGCGGGCCGGCUUGACUCCCAAGUUCCGAGAUACCGAAACCCUGUGCUCCAUGCUGACUUAUGAGCAGGGUCUUCCAGACAUAUUGAAUGGAUCGAUCGUGUCACCAUACACUAGGCGCUAUUCACCGCCAUUUGAUGAAUUCGAGGUAGACCGGCUCGACAUCCCAGAAGGGGACUCCUUGGAAUUUGCUGCAAUUCCCGGACCUUCGAUUUUCUUGGUAUUUGAUGGAAGAGGAUCUAUCACAUUUCUUGAGGGCGAUGCGUCUCCCUUACAAAGAGGAGACAUAUUUUUUCUUCCAGCAGGAACACACUUCACGCUUUUUUCCAAAUCAGAGGUGGAUUCGAAGGCUGCCAAUGGAGUACACGCCAGUCGCUGGGCUGGCAUGCGUAUUUCAGAAGCCAAGUCUUUGAGACUGUUCAGAGCAGGGGUUAACAGCAGAAUCUUCAAAUUCUGACUAGUGCCGUAUCAUUCUUUCGGGAAAUUGUAGCUCUUAGCAGAGUCUUUACCAUAGACUGAGCCUUAUUGUGCUCUGUAGACCCUGUGACCGCGAGACAUAUCAGAUGGGCAUCCGAUCUUCUCAAUCGAUUUGUUCCCAUAAGGUUUCGGCUGUCCGAGGGCCUGGAAAGUCGAAUUGCUUCGCGACGAUAAAACUGGGGAUAAGUUCUCCCAACUCUCAACAGCACUUCAUGGGAGGUCUUGAUUUGCAAAGCUCCAAGGACCUUAAGCAGCAAUUGAAACAGCAUCGCCAGAAAGUGGCUGCGAUGGUGGUCGAAGAGAGCUGAUGGCUGCGUUGUCCACAGGUGGCAUACCCAGAAGUGCCGGUCCACAAUAGGUACUUGUAACUUAGAAAACUUGUGGCCCAUUUGGCCCCAGUUAGUCACGAUUGUGGAUCGCUUUAAUGUAGAAUGGUGAGAGGCUGAAACCUUUAUGGACGGAAGAACGAAAGUAUAGGACGGAUGGAAACGACGCAUAAACGAAUAAUCGAGACCGGUCUUGAGCCUCAACGUGAAUAUGUUAUUUGGCAAUAAAUAUUUCCACAGCGCAUUGUUGUUCCACGACGCAUCGUCGUAGUUUAGCCGCGCUCUUUUGAAACCCUUGCGCCAUUGUUUUGUGCGAUUUGAAAAUUAGAGCAGCUGCUGCAGAAUGAUGGACUGCGAGUUGGAGAAAGAGCGAGGAAAUCGGUGAAUAUUAAAGUAGG